AUGUCUUUGACCGAGUCGUCUGCGGUAGACGUUGCCCGCAGCGCAUCUCUUGCCUCCCGCCGCCUCGCAACGCUCUCGAACGAUGCACGAAACGAAGCCUUGACCGUCCUUCACCAAGCACUCAAUAAGAAUCGAAGCACGAUCUUAGCUGCCAAUGCGCGGGAUAUCGAAUUGGCCACCCAAGCUGCCAGAGAUGGCAAUUUAAGCCAGAGUGUGCUGAAGAGACUGGAUUUGUCUCGGCCUGGCAAAUAUGAUGAUAUGCUGGAGGGCAUAUUGAGUGUACGAAACUUGGAGGAUCCUGUGGGCAAGGUAUCACUACGAACCCAGUUAGAUGAGGGUCUCAGUUUAGAGAGAGUCAGCUGCCCGAUUGGUGUCCUCCUUAUUAUUUUCGAGGCCCGCCCAGAGGUCAUUGCAAAUAUCGCAGCCCUGGCUAUCAAGUCCGGAAAUGCAGCCAUUCUCAAGGGUGGGAAAGAAUCCACUGAGUCCUUCGUGGCUAUCGCGAAGGUUGUCGCGGAAGCCAUCUCUGCAACUCAAGUCCCAGUAGCAUCCAUCCAACUAGUCAAGACUCGUGACGCAAUCUCAUCCCUCUUGGCGCAAGACUCAGAAAUCGACCUAGUGAUCCCCCGAGGAUCAAAUGAACUUGUUCGAUACGUCAAGGACAACACGAAAAUCCCCGUCCUUGGACACGCUGACGGUCUAUGCUCUGCCUACAUUCACUCCGACGCCGACAAAGACAUGGCCGUGAAGGUUAUUGUGGACUCAAAAACCGACUACCCAGCUGCUUGCAACGCGCUAGAAUCUUUGCUCGUCCACGAGGACAUUUUAGGAUCGACUUUCCCGGCCGUAGCGGAGGCUCUUAUCGCCAAGGGCGUGUCAUUGCGCUGUGAUGAACCCUCUCUUACUGCCUUGACGAAGGUCUUGUCCGCAGACCAGGCCGCCAAGAUACAGCCAGCCACCGAGGCCGACUAUAACACUGAAUUCUUGGACUUGAUUCUGGCUGUCAAAACCAUCCCAUCCACUAACCCUCCAGCGGCAGCAGUUGAGGCAGCGAUCGCACACAUCAACGCCCACCAUUCAAAGCAUACCGACAUUAUUUUGACUGAGUCUCGAGAACUCGCAAAUAUGUUCAUGAGUGGUAUUGACAGUGCGGGCGUUUACUGGAAUGCCUCUUCCCGGUUUGCCGAUGGGAUGCGCUACGGAUUUGGAACGGAGGUAGGCAUUAGCACGAACAAGAUCCAUUCCCGGGACCGGUUGGACUGGAGGGAUUGA